CAUCGCAGGAGUUGCAGUAUUAUCGGUAUCAUCUGAGAAUCGGGUCGAAGCAGACUAUCACGAAUUCUGCGGCUUUUAUGUCUGAAGCACGGGCUGCGGCAGCGCCGGCCUGACAGACGCAGCAGGAGAAGGAUGUGAUUCACGCAAGGAAUGAAUAAAGAGCCCUCUGCACAUAUCACUGCUAUUUAUUAAAAUCAAAACUCAACAGAAGGAACUGAAAUCUGAUUGCCCCCGGUGGAUCAGCAACUUUAUGGACAAACAUCAAAGUGAACCCCUUUAUACAGUGCCUGUUUAUGGCAGGAUGAACGUCGGCAGGCUAUGAUGGCGAAAAAGCAAGAUGCCCGAUCGCCCAUUUACAACCUCAUUGUGGUGGGUUUGUCUGGAACAGAGAAAGAGAAGGGGCAAUGUGGGGUUGGGAAGUCCUGUUUGAGUAAUAGGUUUGUGAGACCAAGUGCUGAUGACUUCUACUUGGACCACACAUCGGUGUUGAGCACCAGUGACUUUGGGGGUCGAGUGGUUAACAAUGAUCACUUUCUGUUUUGGGGGGAGGUGUCGCGCCUUCUGGACGAGGGGCCCGAGUGCAGGAUGCAUGUCGUGGAACAAACUGAGUUCAUUGAUGACCAGACAUUUCAGCCACAUCGUAGCACUGCAAUGCAGCCCUAUAUCAAACGGGCAGCUGCAACAAAGCUGGCCUCAGCAGAGAAGCUCAUGUACUUCUGUACAGAUCAGCUGGGUCUGGAGCAAGACUUUGAGCAAAAACAAAUGCCUGAGGGGAAACUGCAAGUGGACGGCUUCCUGCUUUGUGUCGAUGUCAGCCGGGGCAUGAACCGCAAUUUUGAUGACCAGCUGAAGUUUGUCACAAACUUGUAUGGGCAGCUGAGUAAGACCAAGAAGCCCAUUGUGAUCGUCCUCACCAAGUGUGAUGAAGGAGUUGAACGCUACAUCAAAGAUGCUCAUACCUUUGCUAUCACAAAAAAGAGUCUACCUGUAGUUGAGACCUCUGCACGCUCAAAUAUAAAUGUUGACCUUGCCUUCCUCACUUUGGUUCAGCUCAUUGAUAAGAGUCGGGGCAAGCCCAAGAUCAUUCCUUAUUUUGAAGCCCUGAAACUCCAGAGUCAGCAGAUAGCUUCAGCCAAGGACCGCUACGAAUGGCUAAUCAACCGUAUAGUAAAGAAUCAUAAUGAAACCUGGUUAAACACAAGUCGACGCAUGAACGCCUCCCCAGAGUACAAAGAAUAUGUCUUUUUGGAGGGAACAGCCAAGUGCAAGAAGCUUUUUCAGCAGCAUGUCUACCGCCUGAAGCAGGAUCAUAUUGAGAGGCGUCGCAAAAUAUACUUAAGCACUCUUCCCUUAGCACUUAGUUCUUUGGUGCCUGACCUGGAUGAGAUAGAUCAGCUGAGCUGGUCUGGGGUACAGAAGGUUCUAGAGUCCAAGCAGCACUUUGCCCACUGGUUUGUUGUUUUGGAGGACUCACCCUGGGAGGAUACGUCACACAUUGAUAACAUGGAAGAUGAGCGAAUCCCUUCAGAUCUUCUGGAGACGGCUGAAGCAGAGGACAUAUUUAAUGCCCACCUGGAACACCUGCGUAACGAGUGCAGGCGAGCAGAGAUGAGGAUGGAGUUUAAACAAAAGUUGGCGUCCUCUCCCUUCGUCACACCCGGUAAACCAUGGGAAGAGGCACGCAGCUUUAUCAUGAAUGAAGAAUUCUACCAGUGGCUUGAGGAGACGGAGUACCUGGACCUAUACAACCGCCAUCAGAAGGAGAUCAUUGACCGUGCUAAAGAAGACUUUCAGGAGCUGUUACUGGAGUACUCUGAGCUCUUCUAUGAACUGGAGGUGGAUGCCAAGCCAAGCAAGGAGAAGAUGGGGGCAAUUCAGGAGGUUUUAGGAGAGGAGCAGAGGUUCAAGGCAUUACAAAAGCUUCCAGCUGAAAGAGAUGCUCUGGUACUGAAGCAUAUCCACUUUGUCUAUCACCCUACUAAGGAGACCUGCCCUAGCAGUCCUCACUGUGUAGACUCAAAGAUUGAACACCAAUUAGUUUCACGUUUCCCUGCAUGUUAUCCCUUUUUUGAUGUGAAAGCUCAUUUUGGAGACACCAAGGCUGACAGGAUAAACCUUGUCAUACUAGGGAAGGACGGACUGGCCAGAGAGUUUGCCAAUGAGAUUAGAGCUCUCUGCACGAAUGAUGACUGGUAUGUGCUGGAUGGGAAGAUGUAUGAAUUGACACUGCGGCCUAUCGAGGGAAAUGUACGUCUUCCUGUAAACUCCUUUCACACACCCACUUUCACACCUCACGGAUGUUUGUGUCUGUACAAUUCAAAAGAGUCCCUUUCUUAUGUGGUUGAAAGCCUGGAACGACUGAGGGAAUCAACUUUGGGUCGACGGGACAGCCAGCUGGCACAGUUGCCAACAUCACUGCUUCUCGUCACUAAGAGAGGCGUGGGCUCAUACGUGGAGAUAGGUGGAGAAACUGCCUUAAACCUAAUAACACAGGGGCAACAGGUUUCAAGGAGACUGCAGUGCAGCUUUUUAGACCCUGCAUCACCGGGUGUUGGCUAUGGCCACAAUGUCAACGAGAGUCAAAUCAACCAGGUCCUGAGGAGCCUUCUGGAUAUUAGGAGGAGUACAUCCUUUAGUAGCAGCUCCCCUCCACUCCUCCCUGAACCCCAAGGUCUCAGAGACUCUCCUCAUCAGCCGGCACCAGAGGCCGACCUUCGCAUCGUCAUGUGUUUAAUGUGUGGCGACUCCUAUGACAUUGAGCAGCUUCUGGCCCCUUUUAUAAUGCAUCAACACUGCAGGCCCAUGUCUAACUGUGGCACGUCCGUGUUGCUUGAGCAGACCGUUGCUGGGCACAAGCUGGCAAUAGAGCUGUCUCUGUUGUCAUACCACGCGUCCUUCACUUUGCGAAAGAGCAGGUUAGUACACGGCUACAUUGCCGUGUACUCUGUCUCCCGAAAAGCCUCCCUGGAGACUCUGUGUGCAUUCUUAUGUGAAGUUCAAGACAUCAUACCAGUUCAGCUGUUGGCAGUGGGAGAUAGCCAGGCAGAACUCACCGACAGUGACUAUGCGUGCGAACAGCUGAUUCAGGGGGAGGAGCUAGCCCAUGAGAUCGAAGGUCGCUUUAAUACUGUGGUUUGUGGAUCCGGGGGUGUGGUUGGAGGCCUGCACAGGAUAGAAAUGUUCCAUUCUUUUCUGAUGGAGGUGGUAGAGAAGCGCAACAUUGUGGAGGCCACGCACAUGUAUGAUAAUGUUGCUGAAGCGUGCAUCAAUGAAAACGUGUACUCUCCACGCUGCAGUUCUCCCAGUACUGUCACCAUGUUCCUGGACUCAGAAGACGAUGUGGAGCCAUCGCCUCCAUAUUAUGAUGGUACACUCACUUCUCACAGCGGGGGCUUCAACCUGCCUGAUUUAGAUUCCAGUGACAUCUCUGUCAUCUCUGAUAUCCGAGACUUCGAGAACAAACUCAACAACAAAGUACCCCCUCAUGUGAGAGUUAAACCAGGCGUCACUUUUGACUUCCGGAAGGUCAGCCGUAACCCGUAUAUUGAUACGCUGGGACAUCGUCGCUCCCUGCCUUCUGCUGUUACCUGGGUUCCAGGUGGAGAUGUAGGAUACGAUCCCUCAGACUAUGCCGAACCUAUGGAUGCUGUCUCAAAACCGCGCCCUAGCAACGAAGAGAUCAUCUACUCAGUGCCACAUGAUAGCACACAAGGCAAAAUCAUCACCAUCCGCAACUCCAACAGGAUGCACUCGAAUGGAAAUGGCUCAGACAGUGAAGCAGACAGCAGCUCGCUUGAGCGCAGGAGGAAGUUCUCUGCUGUGGGGGUGAAGCCUCGUCUUUACCGCGACCGCUCCAAGCGGCUUGGAAAGUUCAGCAGCUUCCGCACGAGCUUCAUCGGCAGUGACGACGAGAUGGGAGCGCUGCCCAAGUCCAAGGAAGACGACUACGCCACCCUGAAAGGUGAAAGUCUCGUCAACGAGGAGAGCGAGGACCCAAAAAAGAGGAACAUUCUGAAGAGCCUGCGACGUACAGCCAAGAAAACACGAACAAAGCCGCGUCCGGCUAUUCCCAAACCCGUAGAGAGCUGUUACUUUGGGGUCCCCCUGGCAAGCGUGGUAUCACCAGACAGACCUAUCCCGCUCUUCAUCGAGAAGUGUGUUCGCUUCAUCGAGACAACAGGCUUGAACACAGAGGGUUUGUACCGUGUAAGUGGCAACAAGUCAGAGAUGGAAACCAUGCAGAGGCAGUUUGAACAGGACCAUGGAAUAGACCUAGUGGAGAAAGACUAUUCCAUCAACACUGUGGCUGGAGGCCUCAAAAGCUUCUUCUCUGAGCUGCCUGAUCCCCUGGUGCCCUGUGCUCUGCAGGUGGACCUACUGGAUGCUUUCAGAAUAAAUGACAGAGAACAGAGGUUAUAUACUAUGAAGGAUGUCCUGAGGAGGUUCCCCAGAGAGAAUUAUGAUGUCUUCAAAUAUGUUGUGAGCCACUUACACAAGGUGAGCCAGCUGCAUCGGUUAAACUUGAUGACCAGUGAAAAUUUGUCCAUCUGCUUCUGGCCCACUCUCAUGAGGCCAGACUUCACCACAAUGGACGCCCUGACUGCCACUCGCACCUACCAGACAAUCAUCGAGACCUUCAUCCACCAGUGUGCAUUCUUCUUUUACAACCAGCCCCUCAUCGACUCGCCCACCGGCCUGGCAGGCCUCCCGGCCUCACCCACCACCACCCUCAGCGGGAGUUCUGCCUACUCCUGUUACCGCUCCUCCCCCCCCCACACCACUGCACACUUCAGCCCGCUGCAGCAGUCGCCCCCCACCACCCCCCAGUCCCCCCUGCAGUCGCUGCUCCCCCCGCUCCACCAACACCCCCACUCCCACCAUUCACCUGCCGAACAAGAGACACUGUGAGAGACGAUACGAAACCACGUGUGCCCAUGACGAUGCUGGACCUUAUCACCAACACGCGCUAAAAAUAAAUAAUAAUAAUGAUAAAAAAAAAAACAGAAAAAAAAAACAUGAAUUCUGAUCAUGGACAAACUAGGUUAUGAGGAGCAGAGAAAGGAAGGUGUCUGAAGAACCUCUCCAACCUGCCAUCUGUAUCCAUACUCAUGUGCUUCAGAGCUGCAGUGGCGACAUGUAGUCGUGACCCCACUGCCCCGCCUGGAAAUCAACAUUAGGGCACGAGUGGAGGAGCCUUUCUUCUGUCAGCAGCCAACACUUACCCCACUCUACCAAGAAACGAGAAAAUCUCUAUGCCAUGCUGGAAGGAUGAUUUGUGACCACCACGUUUUUAUCUGUGUAUAACUGUUUUAGUUGUCUUUUCUUUUUCCUCAUGAAAGUACUGCCACUGGAUUAAUGGACUGUUUCGUCAGUGUGGUCGUUUGGGCAGCGGUGUGCUCCGUACAGCAGAGGUCCUCUGUCUGCCUGUGGGCUUUCUCUCAUUGACUCUACUGGGUUAGGGAAGGGAAGGGGUAGGUACACAUCCAGGGAUGCACUUUAACGAUCACUGUUGUUUUUCCCUCAGGAGGGUUUCUUUUUUCGUUGACAUACUGUUACCAUGCAUUUCUUUUAAUUUCACAGCUCAAACAGCCAUACCCAUUGCCUCUUCAGAGCUCUGGCAGAUCAAACUUUGUUUACAUCGAACUUGUUUUUGUAUCCACAAACGUAUCUGAAGCACUUUUUAAUAGUGUAGUGUUACCUUUGAAGAAAUGCCACCUCGAUUCUAAUUGUCGAUGAUGUUUGUCACGUGGUUGAGUGUGGCGUCAGCGCGGGCUUGUGAAACAAGAUCCUUUUGUAAAAACUUGUGUUGUUUAAGUUGAUCCAGAGGUCUCAUAGAUCGGUGGGAAAUCUGAAUCUGCUUAUAUUCCUCCUUCAUCCAGCCAUGUGAAUCUUUUUCUUUUCAAGAGUUUGUCCUCUCUCUAGCUGUUAGUAGAUUAGAGUGGAUGUUUAGGGAAGUUUGAUUUAAUUUCACCAUUAUCAUAUCAGCGAUCAGUCAAGUGAAGGAGAAAUUUCGCAAUUUUGAAUGUGUAACCUAGUCAUGCCAUAAAACUCCUCUACAUCGCCAUUUGGUGUCCAUGGGAACCAAAUGCUUGAAACAUGAUAGGUUGCUGGAUGUGUUACCAUGGCUGUCUAUCAAACCAAGCUCUUUGUAUUCAUCUAAUAUUAAGGACCUUUAACUCGAAAGGUUUAGUAUUCUCAACGCACUGUUACUGCUAGUCCUGCUUUACAAUACAACGACCAGUAGAAGUUAAAUCUUAGCAAACGAGACACAUUCAGGUAGCACCUCUGGCCGUUUACCUGCUCUGGUUUUUUUUUUGUUUGUUUUGCUGACAUAUUGUCUUCUAUUGUCACGGAAACAAGCAGCACAUUUUCAGUGGCUGCACUGUUAAUGAAGACCUGAUCGUUUAAAUCAUCAGACGUACAGGAUGAAGCGCUGUCCUUUCAAUGGGACUGAAAAGAAAAGUAGAACAGCAGACACUGAAGUUCAGGAUGAGUGUUGCUCUGUUGUGGUUCUUGGCUGCAUUUGUAACCGGACUAGAUGGAUCAUUGGUUGUGUUAAUAUUUGAGGUCAUCACUUCUGGUACUUUUGGAAUCAAAUUGCUGUUGGAUGUCGGUCCUUCUGUAUGUUUGGCUGACCUUAGCGAGGGCUCCCCUCUAUCUGCUCAGAGCUGUAAUAUUUAGAGCGGCACAGAGCCGACAAAGCAGCUGUCCCACUAUAACACAACUCCUGGGAGAAUAUUAUCUUAAAUGAUUCACCUGACUUCUGAUACAAACUGGGCAAAUCUGCCAUCCAACAAGCAAAAAGUGAGUGCAUACUACUCUAUUAUGGUUGUUUAUUUGUAUGUUGGGGGACAACACCCUUUAGUCAAUGGUAGAAAACAUUUCUAGUGUGUAUUUCAAUGAUUGAAAGUCCAUUUUUACAAUUUUUGUGAAUGGUUCAAGGCCACUUAAGUUUAGUGCAUGAUUUAAAAACACACCAAGGAGACGGAUGAAAACCUCUUCCUCUUUUAAAACAUGAAAUCAGUACAAGAAUGAAGCAGAUACUGAAGUGAAAUAGCUGAAACAUGAACGUUUAUGUACUGUACACCAAGAGCAAACCAUGGAAUUUGUCUGACUGCGAAUAGUGUUUGAAGAUGAAGGCCUUAUGUGAACUGUAUAAUAGUUAAUAAAUUAAAUCUUGUAAAAUUGUC